AGGCUCAGGACGCUCGAACCGAGGCUGUCUCUGGCUCUCAGCCGCGCGACCAUCGCGACACCAGCCGCCGCGCAGCGGGCCAUGGACUUGCCCAGGGGCCUCCUGGUGGCCUGGACCCUCAGUCUUUGGCCAGGAUUCACGGACACCUUCAAUAUGGAUACCAGAAAUCCCCGGGUCAUUGCUGGUCCCAGUGCUGCCUUCUUUGGCUACACAGUACAGCAGCAUGAUAUCAGUGGCAAGAAGUGGUUGGUUGUGGGUGCCCCAAUGGAAACCAAUGGCCAUCAGAAGACAGGAGACGUAUACAAAUGUCCAGUAACCCAGGGCAACUGCACCAAGCUCAACCUGGGCAGGGUCACUUUGUCCAAUGUGUCUGAGAGGAAGGACAACAUGCGCCUCGGCCUGAGCCUUGCCACCAACCCCAAGGACAACAGCUUCCUGGCCUGCAGCCCUCUCUGGUCGCACGAGUGUGGAAGCUCCUACUACACCACUGGCAUGUGCUCACGGGUCAACUCCAACUUCAGAUUCUCUAAGACAGUAGCUCCGGCACUUCAGAGGUGCCAGACUUACAUGGACAUCGUCAUUGUCUUGGAUGGCUCCAACAGCAUCUACCCCUGGGUGGAGGUCCAACACUUCCUCAUCAAUAUCCUCAAAAAGUUCUACAUUGGCCCUGGCCAGAUCCAGGUCGGAAUAGUCCAGUAUGGAGAAGAUGCCGUCCAUGAGUUCCACCUUAAUGACUACAGGUCUGUAAAAGACGUGGUGGAAGCCGCCAGCCACAUUGAGCAGAGAGGAGGGACAGAGACCCGCACGGCAUUUGGCAUUGAAUUUGCACGCUCAGAGGCUUUCCAGAAGGGUGGAAGGAAAGGGGCCAAGAAAGUGAUGAUUGUCAUCACGGACGGGGAAUCCCACGACAGCCCAGACCUGGAGAAGGUGAUCCGGCAGAGCGAGAAGGACAACGUGACCAGAUACGCUGUGGCCGUUUUGGGCUACUACAACCGCAGGGGGAUCAAUCCAGAGACUUUUCUAAAUGAAAUCAAAUACAUCGCCAGCGACCCUGACGACAAGCACUUCUUCAACGUCACAGAUGAGGCGGCCCUGAAGGACAUUGUUGAUGCCCUUGGGGACAGGAUCUUCAGCUUGGAAGGCACCAACAAGAAUGAGACCUCUUUUGGGCUGGAGAUGUCGCAGACCGGCUUUUCUUCACAUGUGGUAGAGGAUGGGAUCCUGCUGGGAGCCGUGGGAGCCUAUGACUGGAACGGGGCAGUGCUGAAGGAGACAAGUGCUGGCAAGGUGAUUCCUCACCGAGAGUCCUACCUUAAGGAGUUUCCAGAGGAGCUGAAGAACCAUGCGGCAUACCUAGGCUACACAGUGACGUCGGUUGUGUCCUCCAGGCAGGGGCGGGUGUAUGUGGCUGGAGCCCCCAGAUUCAACCAUACUGGCAAGGUCAUUCUAUUCAGCAUGCACAACAACCGGAGCCUCACCAUCCACCAGGCUCUUCGGGGCGAGCAGAUAGGCUCCUACUUCGGGAGUGAGAUCACCUCAGUGGACAUCGAUGAUGACAGAGUGACAGAUGUGCUGCUGGUGGGUGCACCCAUGUACUUCAGCGAGGGCCGAGAGCGAGGCAAGGUGUAUGUCUACAACCUGAGACAGAACCGGUUUGUUUAUAAUGGCACUCUGAAAGAUUCCCACAGCUACCAGAACGCCCGGUUCGGAUCCUGCAUCGCCUCUGUUCAAGACCUCAACCAAGAUUCCUACAAUGAUGUGGUGGUGGGGGCCCCUCUGGAGGACAGCCACAGAGGGGCCAUCUACAUCUUCCAUGGCUUCCAAACCAAUAUCCUGAAGAAGCCCAUGCAGAGAAUAACAGCCUCAGAGCUGGCUCCUGGCCUGCAGCAUUUUGGCUGCAGCAUCCACGGACAACUGGACCUCAAUGAGGAUGGGCUUGUGGACCUAGCAGUGGGCGCCCUGGGCAACGCUGUGGUUUUGUGGGCCCGCCCUGUAGUUCAAAUCAACGCCAGCCUCCACUUUGAGCCUUCCAAGAUCAACAUCUUCCACAAGGACUGCAAGCGCAAUGGCAGGGAUGCCACCUGCCUGGCCGCCUUCCUCUGCUUCAUACCCAUCUUCCUGGCACCCCACUUCCAAACAGCAACCGUCGGCAUCAGGUACAAUGCAACCAUGGAUGAGAGGCGGUAUAUGCCGCGGGCACAUCUGGACGAGGGCGGAGACCAGUUCACCAACAGAGCGGUCCUGCUCUCCUCUGGCCAGGAACACUGUCAAAGGAUCAACUUCCAUGUCCUGGACACUGCGGACUACGUGAAGCCUGUUGCCUUCUCCGUGGAGUACUCCCUAGAGGACCCUGACAAUGGCCCUAUGCUGGACAACGGCUGGCCCACUACCCUCAGAGUGUCGGUGCCCUUCUGGAAUGGCUGUAAUGAGGAUGAACACUGUGUCCCUGACCUUGUACUGGAUGCUCGGAGUGACCUGCCCACUGCCAUGGAGUACUGCCAGCAGGUGCUAAGGAGGCAGGCGCAGGACUGCUCCAGUUACACCCUGUCCUUCGACACCACUGUCUUCAUCAUAGAGAGCACACGUCGCCGGGUGGCAGUGGAGGCCACGCUGGAGAACAGAGGAGAGAAUGCUUACAGCGCAGUCCUCAACAUCUCCCAGUCAGAGAACCUGCAGUUUGCCAGCCUGAUCCAGAGGGAUGACUCAGACAACAGCAUCGAGUGUGUGAACGAGGAGAGGCGGCUUCACAAGAAAGUCUGCAACGUCAGCUACCCCUUCUUCAGAGCCAAGGCCAAGGUGGCUUUCCGGCUGGAUUUUGAGUUCAGCAAGUCUGUGUUUCUGCACCAUCUUCAGAUCCAUCUGGGUGCUGGCAGUGACAGUCACGAGCAGGACAGCACCGUAGAUGACAACACGGCCCUCCUGCGCUUCCACCUCAAAUAUGAAGCAGAUGUCCUCUUUACCAGAAGCAGCAGCCUGAGCCACUUCGAGGUCAAGGCCAACAGCUCACUUGAGAGCUAUGAUGGCAUCGGACCUCCGUUCAACUGUGUUUUUAAGGUGCAGAACCUGGGCUUUUUCCCCAUCCAUGGGGUGAUGAUGAAGAUCACUGUGCCCAUCGCCACCAGGGGUGGCAACCGCCUGCUGAUGUUGAGGGACUUCUUCACCGACCAGGUCAACACAUCCUGUAACAUCUGGGGGAACAGCACAGAGUACAGGAGUACCCCAACUGAGGAAGAUCUGAGCCAUGCCCCACAGAGGAAUCACAGCAACUCCGACGUGGUCUCCAUCAUCUGCAACCUGAAGCUGGCCCCCAACCAGGAGACCAGCUUCUACCUGGUGGGGAACCUGUGGCUGACAUCUCUGAAAGCACUCAAGUACAGGUCUCUGAAGAUCACAGUCAACGCCGCCUUGCAGAGGCAGUUCCACAGCCCCUUCAUCUUCCGAGAGGAGGACCCUAGCCGCCAGGUCACAUUUGAGAUCUCCAAGCAAGAAGACUGGCAGGUCCCCAUCUGGAUCAUCGUGGGCAGCACUCUGGGGGGCCUCUUGCUGCUGGCCCUGCUGGUCCUGGCACUGUGGAAGCUCGGUUUUUUUAAAAGUGCCAAGCGCAAGAGGGAACCUGGCCUAGGUCCCAUCCCCAAAGAGCUCAAGUGAGGAUCCAGAGGAAGCUUCAAGUUGUUGGGGGCCCGACACCAGUCCAGGGGUGUGCAGGCCCGGGCCUGUGGCCUCAGAGCUGGAGCUAAGAGGACACCCAUGGACUUUACAGUGAGUUCAUCUCUGGAGCAAUGGCAACUGAUCGCUGUGGGAUGGACCUCCAGCCCGUGUUCGGAGUGACUUCUCUACUAGAGGCCGAGACCUCCAGUACAGAUCCCUAAGGACUAAAAGGGACCCCUCCAAGACCCACCGGAGGCCUUUCCCCAAGGCUCUGUGGAGGGAAUCUGCUACCCCAAACACUAAGGUGCUAGGGUUUUGUUAUCUUGCCCACCUCUGAAGAAACUCAAGGGGAACCAGCAAAUACGAGCCCACUGUGCACGCCCUAUCUGGACCUAUAGCUUUAGGACUCCAUGGCCCGGGAGCAUAACCUCCGCCGCACCCCUCACCCUUGCUCUUGGUUCCCAAACCACAGCCACCCCUUCUCCACAGAUAGACCCCAAAGAUCUCCAUGAGUGACCCAGAGUUGUGUGGCUUGAUAUGCCAGCUGCAGGCCAGUGAUGGAAACACAUCCAGGGACUGUGCCAAAUGUACAGGAGGGAAUCAGGAUGCUGGGUACCUCCCAAACAUCAGAAAGCAUCAGGGUUCUCCAGCAGUAACCAACCACCACCCACUCAAUCCUGCUCUCCAGCCUCCCCCGCAGCUCCUCUCAGCCACUUUGGUUGCUAGGCAACUCGUGCUAGGGAGCCCGAGGAUGAUAAAAAUCCGUGGCUCUCCAUACCCACUUGUCUGACAACUGCAGCUUGUCCCUGGCAGAUGCACUGUGAUAAGAAGCCUCUGUUUCUUACAUCAGCACCUACACACACACACACACACACACACACACACACACACA